AUGGUUUUUCGUAAAAUUGGUGAAAAGCUACGAGUAAAGAACAUAUUUGCCAAGACCGCGGAGCGGCCUACGCCGCCUGAAGUGUUCAACUGGCGUGUUUAUUCUAUGGCGAUAGUUGCGUCGACGGCAAGUGUUCUAAUCGGUUACGACACAGGGUUUGUGGGUGGAUGCUUUUCGAACAAGUAUUUCCUAAGCAACUUUGGGCUUGUGAGCGGCACAAGCGCCGCUAACACAGCGCUUUCCAAUGUUAUAUCUUGUUUCCACGCAGCCGCAUUUUUUGGAGCCCUUUUUUCAUAUCCGAUGUCCCAUUAUUGGGGAAGGAGGGUCUCGCUAAUCAUAGCUGCCGGCGUCGCAGCCGUCGGGUGCGCGUUGAUGCUGGUGGGUAUCCAGGGCAGUUUAGCUCCUAUUUACAUUGGCAGAGUGAUGACAGGACUGACCGUGGGGGCUUCAACUAAUCUCACAGUCGUGUAUUUGAGUGAAGUGUCACCGGCUCCCAUUAGAGGGCAGAUUAUUGCCGCUUACGAAAUAGGUUGGAGAGUCGGUGAUUUGAUAGGCUUUUGGAUUAACUACGGCAUAGCGCAGCACGUUCCUCCUGGUAAUAAGCAGUGGAUAAUUCCUGUUGGAGUACAAUUGAUUCCUGCAGGUUUUUUUUUCAUUGGAUCGUUCAUCAUGAAGGAGUCCCCACGUUGGUUGUUUCAAAUGAAACGCGACCAGGAAGCUAUUGAAAACCUUGUUUUCUUGAGAAAUCUACCAUCUGACCACGAGUACAUGGUUUGGGAAAUCAACACCAUCAGAGACGCAGUGGAAGAGCAGAAUGCUACAAUUGGCUUGGGUUUGAUGGAUCCUGCUCGCGAAGUCUUUGUAAGAAACACAAAAUACUUCAAGAGACUGGGAAUAACAUGCGUUCUUUUCCUAUUUCAAAACUUCAUGGGUAUUCAGUCAAUCAACUAUUAUUCACCAAAAAUUUUCGAAAGCAUUGGAGUGAAGGGAACGAAUGCUUCGUUGUUUUCAUCCGGUAUGUUUGGUGUGGUGAAGUUUAUUUGCACAUUCAUCUAUAUUCUUUUCAUUGUUGACAAUGCUGGUAGAAGAAAGGCUUUUAUGGGGUCUGCAACAAUGUGCUCACUCUGUUUCUGGUACGUGGGGGCUUAUCUCAAAAUUAACGACCCUAGCCAACCUGGAGUCACGGCUGGACCAGGAGGCACCGCAGCGAUUGCAUUCAUGUUCAUUUGGACUGCCUCAUUUAUCAUGGCUUGGUCAGGUGGGCCUUUCGUGUGGGGUGCAGAAGUUUACGAGCAAAACAUCAGAAGUUUUGUACAAUCAAUCAAUGCAGCAAUCUCAUGGGUGCCGAUCUUCAUAAUGACGAGAUUGACGACCGAAAUGAUUGAAAAAAUGAAAUAUGGCAUAUUCUUUUUUUUUGCUGCCAUUGCUGCCUUGGCUGUUCCCUUCGUCUUCUUUUUCGUCCCAGAAACCAAGGGUAUUGUACUUGAAGACAUUGAUAAGUUGUUCAGAAAAGGUCUCUCCGCUCACAAUGCUCACAAGGUGGUUAUGGAAGAAUCAAGAACGACAGUCAGUGAAAUCAAAAACGAAACCUACCAGUUCUUCAACGACGAGACUUUCAAGAAGACUAAUGAGGAGCAGAUCGAAGACACCAGGGUCGAACACGUGCAUUCAACGAAAGUUUAA